AUGGUGCUGCUGUUGCCGGCGGUACCGGUACAACCGCCGCCGACGGUACUGCCUCUGGCGCCGCCGCUGGUGGUACCACCACCGCCCGCACGAGCCCCGCUGGUACCGCUACAACCGCUGCCGGCGGUACCACCGCCACCGGGGCCCUCGCGGGGGCUUAGAAACCCCUCGGGAACCCCCAAAUCUACACAACGGCGUCAGCUUCGGCCCCGCCCCCCUGUUGUGACGGCGGGGCGGCAGGGGGCGGAGCCCGAGCCCGGCCCCGCCCCCGCGGCCCCGCCCCCCGCCAGCCGCCUCUACGACCCCCGGCGCCCCCAGACCUUCUUCCGCCAGUGCUUCCAGGUGCUGGGGCGCCUGGGCCGCGGCUCCCACGGCGAGGUCUACAAGGUGCGCAGCCGCGAAGACGGCCGCCUGUACGCCGUCAAGCGGACUCUGGAACCGUACCGGGGCGCCGCCGACCGGCGUCGCAAACUGGCCGAGGUUCGCAAACACGAACGGGUCGGUCGUCACCCGCAUUGCUUGGGCCUCGUGAGGGCCUGGGAGGAGAAAGGUCAACUGUACCUCCAGAGCGAGCUGUGCCCCGGCGGGCCGCUGCGACGGCCGGCCCGCGGCGGCCUGGCGCCUUGGCGUGCCGCCGCCUACCUCUGGGACCUGCUCCAGGCCCUGGGUCACCUCCACGCCCGCCGGUUGGCCCACUUGGACGUCAAACCGGCCAACGUGCUGUUGGCGCCGGGCGGCUGUCGCUUGGGCGAUUUCGGUUGCCUCUUGGAACCGGGCGGGCGAGUCGGCGACGGAGCCGAGGGCGACCCGAGGUACCUGGCGCCCGAGGCCUUGCGGGGCGACCUAGGACCCGCCGCCGACGUCUUCAGCCUCGGCCUCACCCUCUUGGAGCUGGCGGCCGGGCGGGAGCUGCCGGCCGCCGGCGACGGGUGGCAGGAGCUGCGGCGCGGGCGGCUGCCGGCGGCGUUGGCGGCGGGGUUGUCGCCGGAGCUGCGGACGUUGGUGGUGGCCAUGUUGGAACCGGAACCUGGCCGGAGACCUUCGGUGGAGACUUUGUUGCGUACGGCUUUGAUGCGUCGGGCGGGGCGUUGGCGAGCUUUCACCCGAUUGGCCGACGAGGCGCUGCGGCGGGCGGGGCAGCUGCUGCAGGACAUCCGGGCCCUGCUGCGGUGGCUAUGGGGCGCGCUAUGGGGCCCGGCACGCUGGCUGCGGGCCCCCGUGACGCCGCCCCACUCGCCGCUGUCGCCCCGCUUCAGCCCCGCCAGCGACUGGGACGAAGACGAGGAGGACGACGACGACGAUGACGGUGGCCCCACGCGUUGGGCGCAAAGUGCCCCGGGGCGGCAAGGAGGCGCCUGGGCCGACUCGCCGCGGGGGAGCCCUACAUCUUUCUCCCGCCACGGCCGUGCCCCGUCCCCAGGCGCUGCCUCCACCCCACGGCGCGCCGGCGCCCCACAGAGCGGCUCCGGCUCGAGGUCCCCGGAGAGCAGCCCCGGUUCCUUGGCCACCCUGCGCCGCACCCUCACCUUCGAGGAGGAACCCGACUCCCCGCUCUAAUAAAAGGUCCGGCUGCCCCACGGCGCCGCUGCCCCACGGCGCCGCCGCCUCCCUGCUUUAUUGGCGUCACCGACCGGGAAAGGGGGUGGGGGGGGUCUGGGUGGGUGGAGUGGGGUGGGGGGACGCGUCGGUUGGCACCGGGAUGGAGACGGUGUUGGGCCGUGGCACCGCAGGGACAUCGGUUGGCCAAUGGGGCGGCAGCGAGGGGGGCGGUCGGCCAAUGGGGCGGCAGCGAGGGGGGCGCGAGGUCCACGGCCAGUGCCACACGUCUGUGGGAUGGUGCUGGAUGUCCGCUGCAUCAGAUGACCAUCGAUGGUGGCACUGGAUCUCCAUGGGCAUCUCUGGAUGUCCCUGGGUGGUGGCACUGGAUCUCCAUGGGGUUGGUGGCGCUGGAUCUCCAUGGGCAUCUCUGGAUGUCCCUGGGUGGUGGCACUGGAUCUCCAUGGGGCACCCCAUGGUGCUGGAUCUCCAUGGGCAUCUCUGGAUGUCCCUGGGUGGUGGCACUGGAUCUCCAUGGGCAUCUCUGGAUGUCCCUGGAUAGUGGUGCUGGAUCUCCAUAGGCAUCUCUGGAUGUCCCUGAAUGGUGGCACUGGAUCUCCAUGAGUUGUCCCUGGCUGCUGGCCAAGGAUCUCCAUGGGAGUGGUGGCACUGGAUCUCCAUGGGGCUCUCUGGUUGUCCCUGGGUGGUGGCACUGGGUCUCCAUGGAGCUCUCUGGAUGUCCCUGGGUGGUGGCACUAGAUCUCCACGGGGGUGGUGGCACUGGAUCUCCGUAGGCAUCUCUGGAUGUCCCUGGGUGGUGGCACUGAUCUCCACAGGGCUCUCUGGUUGUGCCUGGAUGGUGGCACUGGAUCUCCAUAGGCAUCUCUAGUUGUCCCUGGGUGGUGGCACUAGACCUCCAUGGGGCUCUCUGGUUGUCCCUGGAUGGUGGCACUGGAUCUCCAUAGGCAUCUCUAGUUGUCCCUGGGUGGUGGCACUAGACCUCCAUGGGGCUCUCUGGUUGUCCCUGGAUGGUGGCACUGGAUCUCCACGAGGCUUUCCGGUUGUCCCUGGGUGGUGGCCACAGAUCUCCAUAGGGAUAGUGGCACUGGAUCUCCAUAGGUCUCU